AACAACAACAACAACAACAACAACAACAACAACAACAACAACAACAACAACAACAACAACAACAACAACAACAAUAUGGUUCAUUACUUGGUAUUUUGCCAGCCACUCAUAUAGGAUCACAUAUUCCAAGCAAUACUUUCUAUAUCAUUGUCACUGGACGUGUUGAUUCUUUCUCCAUUUUUUCAAACCCUGAUGAUAAUGGUGCUGGUACUGUUUGUCUUGAUGCUUAUGAUGGUGAUGACUUUCCUUACCAACGUUUGCACGCAAAUAAGGUAUUCUGUUAUUAUUGCCAUGCAUCUGAUGUUCACUUCUCAGAUGAUUGUCCUUUCUAUGCCUUUUGGAAGUGGUUGGAUCAUUUGUAGUAUCAGUUGAAAUAUCCUUUUUUUUUUUGAAUAAUUGCUAGUCUAUAUGUUGUCUAUUCAAGUAUAUAUGUACUGCAUAUAUCCGCCGUUUUUUCCAUACUUUAAUCCAAGUAGUUAGCUUUCCAUUUUUAUAAAUAUCAAUCAAACAUGAAUAAAAAAAAAAAGGCAUCAGUAUAUUAGCGAACAAUCAUUAUCCAACGAUCCAUCACUCAUACAGUAUAUCGUAUCAACGUAUUCGUGUCUAUAAAAUAUAUACAUAAAAAAAAAAGAAAGGAAUCUUUGACAUGUAACAAAAUAAUUGAAAUAAAAAUAAAAAAUAAAGAUAAAAAAAAAAAAACUUUAUUGAAUAAACAUAAUAUAAAUACAAAAGACUAUCAAAUAACAUACUAAAACUAAAAGUCAAUAAAAAAA